AUGUUUGUGCUAGCGGAGUUGAAAGAUAAUGUACGGAUAGCACCCGAGCUGUUUGGAUUGAAACUACCGGAAGCAAUAAAGGAUGAAAUAAAUAGAAAGCUGGCUAAUAAGGUUUUGUUAAACGUUGGCCUAUGCAUAGCACUGAAGGACAUUGUAAAGUUAGGCGACUCAAUAAUCCUUCCCGGGGAUGGGGCAUCGCAUACCGAGGUUAACUUCCGAUACAUCGUAUUUCGACCUAUUAUCGGUGAUGUGAUCACAGGUAAAAUACGUAGCUGCAGUAGGGAAGGUGUCCACAUAACGCUCGGGUUUUUCGACGACAUUCUCAUACCACCAUCUGCGCUGCAACAUCCUUCGCGGUACGAGGAAGCAGAACAAGCCUGGGUGUGGGAAUAUCCGCUAGAAGACGGGAACACGCACGAUUUGUAUAUGGAUAUCGGCGAGAACAUAAAAUUUCGAGUGUCGGGUGAAGUGUUCGAGGAAAGCUCCCCCAUAGGUCCGCCCGACCAAGAAGUUCCCUCGAGCUCGGCAGGUCCGAGUUCGAGUGGCGCAGGAUCGAGUAAUGCAUCGGCACAGGAUGUCAACAAAACGCCGUACCGUAUCGUGGCGGCAAUCAACGAGUCCGGGUUGGGACUGCUGUCCUGGUGGGUUCAGCAAAGUCAAGAAGAAGACGAUGAAGAGGCGGAGGAUGAAGAAGAGGCCGAGGGACAAGAGCAAGAGCAGGACCUAUCUGGCGGGGAGAACGAAUAA